AUGGAGAGAACACGGAUCGCUAAGGUUGAAGAUGUGACCUUGGCGCGUCGUGGUGAACAGGUUGUCGGCACGCUACACCUCACCCCUCACCAUAUUAUCUUCUCCCACAUCCCCCAAGGAGCCGAGACUGCGCAAGCUCAGGGUACGCCUGUUCGACCGAGGGAGCUGUGGAUAACAUAUCCUAUCAUCUCAUUUUGUACAUGCCGCCCGACUCCCGCCGCAUCCCGCCAGCUGUCGUCGAUUCGCUUGCGCUGUCGAGACUUCACGUUCGUUUGUUUCUACUUCGCCAGUGAGAGUAAAGCUCGCGAUGUAUAUGAAAGCAUAAAACUCUGGACAUGCAAAGUCGGCCGGAUCGACAAACUCUAUGCUUUCACUUAUCAGCCGCCGCCGCCGGAGCGAGAAUUCAACGGUUGGGAGUUGUAUGAUGCACGCAAAGAGUGGGCUAGACAGGGCGUGGGCUGCGAUGGUAACGACAAUGGCUGGCGGAUUUCCGAGAUAAAUACGGACUACGGGUUUUCACCGACAUACCCUGCUCUUCUACCGGUGCCGUCGUCCAUUUCAGACAAUACACUCAACUAUGCGGCUCGCUAUCGGUCGAGAGCACGAGUACCUGUCCUAACGUAUCGCCAUCCCAUCAACAACUGCUCGAUCACGAGAAGCUCUCAGCCUUUGGUAGGUGUACGGCAGAACCGAAGCAUCCAGGAUGAGAAGCUAUUGGCAGCAAUAUUCUCAACAUCCCGUACAGACAGGCCACUGGCUAAUUUMACUCCACCACAUCUGGAACAUGAUUCGCCAAGCUCGACACAAGGUGACGUUUCAUCGAGCCAGAUGCUGACUGAUUUGACAAACGCCGAGGAAUUGGAAGACGAAAUGCUGGAGUCGUUCCGUGGGGAUCCAGAGGAAAGACCUCAGAUUUAUGGUGCCCAGCAGCAUAAUCUAAUUGUUGACGCACGGCCGACAGUCAAUGCAUUUGCUAUGCAAGCCGUUGGUCUGGGAUCAGAGAAUAUGGACAAUUACAAGUUCGCUACGAAGGCUUACCUCGGCAUUGACAACAUUCACGUCAUGCGGGACUCCCUCAACAAGGUUGUCGAUGCACUUAAAGACUCAGAUGUCACGCCGUUAGGACCUAAUAGGGAUCAACUUGCACGAAGUGGAUGGCUGAAACACAUCGCUGGCAUUCUGGAUGGCGCUGGGUUGAUAGCUCGUCAAGUUGGCUUACAGCACUCGCAUGUGCUCAUUCACUGCUCGGAUGGAUGGGAUCGCACGGGCCAGUUGAGCGCUCUAAGUCAGAUAUGUCUUGAUCCUUACUUUAGGACGAUGGAAGGGUUUAUGGUACUCGUGGAGAAGGACUGGCUUUCCUUUGGCCACAUGUUCCGGCACAGAACGGGUCCUUUGAGCAGCGAAAAGUGGUUUCAGAUUGAAAACGAAAGAAUUGGGGGCGAUUCCGGUCGUGGAUUUGGAGAGGCUGGUGGUGCAAGCAAAGCCAUCGAGAAUGCUUUCCUCAGUGCAAAAGGGUUCUUUAACAGGGACAAUACGAGCCGCGACUCUCUCCCGGAUUCGGAAGGGGAGAUGCAAAAUUGUGACUCCGACAGUCCUAGAAAGCCAGGUUCCAGCCCCAGAAGCGUUGUCUCCGAAAAGGAGGUAACCAAGGUGAAGGAAACAAGUCCGGUCUUUCAUCAGUUCCUCGAUGCGACCUACCAACUGUUAUACCAAUAUCCAACACGAUUCGAAUUCAACGAGCGGUUUCUCAGGCGGCUGCUCUACCAUCUGUACUCAUGCCAAUAUGGUACUUUCCUUUUUAAUAGCGAAAAGGAGCGGGUAGAGAUGAAGGCAAAGGAGCGCACUCGGAGCGUGUGGGAUUACUUCCUUGCCCGAAGAGAACAAUUUCUCAAUCCCAAGUAUGAUCCUCAAAUAGACGAUCAUACGCGCGGCAAGGAACGUCUGAUCUUCCCACGUAUCAAUGAAGUCAGAUGGUGGAGCGAAGCAUUUGGUCGGACCGAUGCGGAGAUGAACGGAGUCCGCUCGACCAGCGUCACUCCCUCUGUCCGUCGCGGUAGUCCCGCCUCUGAGCCAACGCCGGUUUUGACGGGUAUUGAGACAGCUCAUCAUGCUGUCGGAAGCGGAAUACCUGGCAAUGUGACCAGCAACGCUGCCCCGACCGGAAUGGCAGCAGUGGCUUCAGGAAUCUCAAAUCUUAGUUUCUCCAAGGGAACGGAGAACCCUCAGGAGCCAAAAAAUCUGAGUCAGGUGGAGCUUGAAAUGCAAUAG